AGUGACGUCAGUCUGUCCCUGCGCAGACCUGGCCGUUCCAGGGCUGCCAUGUUCUCCCUGCCAUCCCUCCCCUCCUGGCUCCCCGGCCUCCCCUCCCUCGAGUGGGGUUCUAGCCUCCUCCACUCCCUCCUGCAAGGCCUGAUCGGGGCCCUUGGAGUCUUGGUCCUGAACAGCCUCCUGAAAGUUUACUUCUUCGUGGGCUGUGCCAAUGACCCGCAGCGGUGGCCCGAAAAGGAGCGGCUUCGGGCCCAGUGGGCCUCGCUGGAAACAGUGCACCUGGCAGGGCUGGCCCUGUUUCUGACGGUCGUGGGGUCCCGGGUGGCUGCCCUCGUGGUGCUCGAGUUCUCCCUCCGGGCCGUGUCCACGCUGCUGUCACUGGACAAGGGCUCCCGGGGUGCUGCCGAGAGGCUGCAGCUUUACCUGCUUUGCCAGUACUCGCUGGGCUGCGGGCUGACCUGUGGCCUGAGCUUCCUGCAGGAGGGCGCCCCUCACCGCACGCUGAACCUGCUGCUGAGCCUUGGGCUGGCCACACUGCUGGGUCUGGGUGCCCGGCGCCUCCGCCGCCACGUCUGCUGCCUCUACGAGCUGCACAGCAGCCAGCACUACUGUGGGGUGUGCCUGGGCCUGCUGGCCGGUGCACACGGCCUCCCCCAGCUGCUGGGUCGCGCCCUGGCUGUGGCCUUUGCCGUGGGUGACCUGGCAGCUGUGGCCCUCAUCAACCAGGACUUCCUGACCACCUCAGAGGCCGUGAGGUUCUGGACGCCGCUCACCAUCUGCUACACGCUGCUGGUCAUCUACAUGCAAGAGGAGCAGCGGCAGCACCCUGGCCUGAAGAGCAAAGUGCAGACGGUGCUGGUGCGCAUGGGCGGCCUCUUCGUGCUGCUGCUGACUGUGGGCCGCUGGCUGGACCUGCUGGGCAUCCUCAUCUCCCUGCUGGGCGAGCUCUGGUGUCUGGUCGGCAUCCGCACCCUGCUUGACCUCUGCCAGAUACAGGAAGUUUGGCACCUGCCGAUCGGUGACAUCGACACCCGGGCUGCUGCGGGCCAGGUCGAACCCCUCCAGCCGGGAGCAGUGGUGGUGGUGGAACAGGCGGCCUGGGGUGCUGGAGGCAGUGUUUCCCUCCCGGUGGAGGAGCUCCUGGAGCGGCCUGUCCCCGACACCGGGACCCACCUGCAGAGGGCUUACCGCCCAGGAGAGCAGAACAAGGUGACCUGCUCCACUGGGGGUCUCUGA